AGUUACAUUAUUUGCACACAGAUGUCACUACCAUAAUUGACAUUAAUAAAUGGAAUGUGAAAUGACACAUGUAAAACCCUGCCGUUCUGUUUUGUUCAUCACGCUACAUGCACUUGGAUUCUAUUUGUGGGUUUGUGUGGUUUCAAUAAUCAUCAUUCACCGGAAAAUGAGAUUUUGUAUUGUGUGCGGUAAUUCUGUAGACGACGUAAAGCAUUUAUUUUGCUUUCCCCGUAGCGCAGACAGGUCGCAUAUAUGGCAGGAAGCUAUGGGAAUGAAAUAUAGACCACUAUGUGGCCAUGUUAGAAUCUGCAAUGAGCAUUUCACAAAAGAUAGAUUUGUGCCGUGUACCUCAGUUUUACGUUUGAAAGCUGAUGCAGUGCCCACAAUUCUGGAAGUCCAGAAGGACCAUAUUAUGAAGGGACUGGACCAGAUAGCAAAUAAAAAAGUAAACAUUAUAUCCCAAUAUAUAAUAAAGCCAGAACCACAGACUCUUUUGGAUACCAAAUCAUUAAGUAAUGCAAAUAGUGAAGUUACUGAAUAUGAGAAAACAAAUUCCUCGCAGUCACCAUCCCAACGGGCUGUCACACCAAUUUCAAGUACAGUUAGAUGUAGAAGGACUCUUUUUAAGGACGUUGAAGGCUUGUGUUCAAUACAGAUAACACCAAAAAAGCAAAAGUUGAUGGUUAUUGUGAAGAGGAAGCAGGGUCGCUUGCGAUAGAUGCAGUUACAUCUUGAGCUCAGAUGACACUGAGCCAUGUAAUCAAUUUAUUUCCAGUAAGGAAUUCUCAAAUUCUAAGAAUAAAUUGUUUUAUCCUUCUAAACAGUUUGUUAUUGCGGUUGGUAUUGGUAUUACAGUUUUAGAGAAUAAGCUACCGAUUAUUUGUGAAAAGAAUAACCUACAAGAUGUAGCAACAAAUUUGCUUAACCAAGAAAUUGAUUUCUCAUUUAUUACUUGUGAGGAACAUUUUUAUUUUUUGAAAGAUUUUUUACUUAAAAGUAUAUGUAGAAUCGGAAUCCCAUGGUACUGUACAAGACUUGUCCGAAAUUUAAGAUCUGAAGCCAGCCGGCAAAUGUCAGCGCGCACAAAAAGAAACAUUUUGCAUAAAUAAUAACAAUACCAUUAAAUGUCUACUUCUUGGACAAUUCAUACACCUACAGUACCAUCAAAUUCUGAUUCAUUGGGUCCACAUUUACAAACAACUUUGUCCUCUUGCAUAACGUUUUGUUUAAGUUUUCUUGGAAUCCCUAUGAUCUAAUGUUACUAGUUCUCAUUCAGUCUGUGUUUGUUAUGAAAAGAUGUGGCAUAGCAUUAUUAUUAUUGUGAAUCUUUGUUGUACUUAUGCAAAUACAAUUUGACAAAGCUCAAUUUUUGUUUCAAUUAUUUUUCUACAUGUUUAAAAACAUUUUAAAUUAAAUUUUAAUUAAAAAUCCCGCUAUUCGUCGGCCAAGAGCGCCACCUAGGUACGUUUUAUAUCGCGAUGAGAGAGAAGAACAACAACUGUUUCUCUCGUCUGCCACUUCCAGAUUAUUGAGUUGCGUGUCUGGUGUGGUCUGUGUGCGGAAUAGUCAGUCGUAAAAUCGCUCGUUAGAAAUAAAAUAUUUUUAAUGUAAUACGAAUAAAUAAACGUAUUCGAACGAAAUUGUAUUUACUUAUUCACACUGGCAAUUAAUAAUUCAACAUAUUUUUGGUCCUUCGAUAGUCGGAUGUGUGAAUAAGUCUAGUAUUAUAUCAAUUUUCAAUCAAUUAAAAUAAAACUACACAAGGAAUCAAUCCAUCCACAAGUAUAAAAAGUGUGCCUAUCCAGUUGUCCACUCAAGUUUCAAGACGGUAACAGCAACGUUCCGAAGAAUAACAAUUUGGUCGGAUGUGCAAGUAGACAAGGUCAGUCCGAUCCUAUUCUUACGAUUUUCAUCUCUAUUUACCAUUGUCAUUAAGAUCAUUUUGCAAUAGCGUAUUAUUUGAAUUCUAUUCGAUUUGUAUCAAAAAUUAUAAAUCAGGCAUUAAAGUAUUAUUAUUAAUUGACUUUCACACUAAUAUAAAAAUACAAUAAAUUAUAGCAUCAAAAUUAAUAAUUAUUUUCUGUUAUAAUGACUAGUGCAAAUAUUAAACAACUCAUUAGAAAUAGAGGAUCUAUAAAAAAACGUUUAACAACAUUUGAAAAAUAUGUAGUUUCAAUAAAGGACGGUAUUAUCUCGCCUGGUUUAAUAGAUGUUCAAUUCGAUAAGACAACAAUAUCAAUCUAAUUCAUGAAUUUGAAAAUAUACAAAAAUUAAUAGAAGAAGAACUUGAAAUAGAGUUUGAAGAACGAGAGCCUUUUGAAAAUUAAUAUUAUAGUAAUUUAUCAUUUCUAAAAGACUACAUUUCAAAAAGAACAAGUCCUACAGCAAUAGAAAAUUCUUCAUCAAUCAAAGAUUCAUUAUCAAGCUUCUUACUUCCUAAAAUCAAAUUACCGUUUUUAAUGGUGAGUAUGAUCAAUAGCUAGAAUUUAAAAAGAAUUUUAUGUCAACAAUUGAUUCAAACACCUAUCUAAAUGAUAUUCAAAAAUAUAAUUUUUUAAACGCUGCUCUAGAAGGUUAUGCAAAACGAGUAAUCUCUGUAUAUGAUGAAUCUCAAGAUUAUCAAAGAGCUUGGCAAAAACUUUGUGAGAAAUUUGAUAAAAAAAAGUUUUUACUUGAUACACAUCUUGAAGCAUUGUUUAAUAUUGAUCCUAUAAUUAAAUCAACAUUUAUGCAAUUUAGAAAUCUAGUAGAUGACAUUUCAAAACAUAUCACAGCACUUGAAGGAAUGAAUCUUUCCAAAGAAACCCUCUGGGAUAUGACUAUUAUUUAUAUCAUUUAUAAUAAAUUAGAUAAAUUUACCCAGAACAAAUGGAAAGAAUGUCAUACUUCAUCUGAAUUACCUACAUUACACAAUUUUCUAGAAUUCUUAAAAGAAAGACAAGAUGUACUGGAAUCUUUGGAAGAGGUUUCUCAAACUAAGGUAUUACAUAUUAAUCAUAAUAAUCCCAAUAUCCAAAAAUCGACAAAGGCACAGGGCCGCUGUCAUGUACAUUUAUUAAUGAACAAAUUAACAUGUAACUUCUGCAAAGGUGAGCAUUAUAUUUAUACAUGUAAUGACUUUUUAAAAUUAAGCAUCAAUGAAAGGUGGAACAAGGUGAAAGAAUUACAAUUAUGUUCAAACUGUCUCAGAAUAGGACAUUCAAAAGAAACGUGCAAUUUAGGCCACUGUAAAGAAUGCAGACGAAUACACAAUACGCUACUACACAAUUCUAACAACACAAUGAAAAAUGUAAAUUAAGACAAUCAGUGCAAUUCCCAAUUGUACAAGUGUUUUACUACAAACAAAUUCAAUUUAUAAACAACAAAGCAUUUACAAUUCAUCUGUUCUUCUUUCAACUGUCACUUUGAAGGUAAAAGAUGACCAAGGCAAUUUUCAAUUAUGUAGAGCAUUAUUAGACUCUGGAGCCCAAUCCAAUCUAAUAACCGAAUCCUGUUGCAAGCGUCUAAAACUCGUUGAUCCCUACCAAUUUGUCAAUCAUGGGAAUCAAUCAAACAAUAUCCACUCUCACAAAAAAAACUUCUAUUACCAUAUAC